AUGAAUAACCCACCACAACCUCCGUCACUCAGCGGCGGGCCAGCAGUCGACAUCCACCAACCCUUCACUCCGGCAGAGCGCAUCCAGCAGCUAGCCGAGAUAGACAACGACAUAGCUUCCCUACUCACCCACCUCUCCAGCGCAAUGCGCGCGCUAGCCACACCCCCGGGCAGCUCAGUCUCGUUAUUGCAACCCAACGGCAACGGCACGCAGGCCGAUGGCGACACGCCCAGCGACGUACCCAUCCUCGAAUCAGAACACCAACAACAACAAGAACGCGAAAGAGAAGCCGACCCAGUAUCGGCCUUCCGAACAGCACAGGCCUCCUUCUUCAACGCCAUCGACCGCAUUGACAAGCACCUGACCCGCCAGAUCCUGGCGCUCGAGGAGGCCGGGAUCAUCACGCUGCGGAACAACAACAACAGUGCAGAACAACAACAGCAGCAGCAGCAGCAGCCGCAACAGGGCGAUUUUGGGCCCGGCGGCGGCGGCGGCGGCUCGUUUGGCGGCUCCGGACACCACCAAGGGCACCAGCAGCAGCUGCCGCCGCAUCAGGGAGGAGGAGGAGGAGGAGGGGACGCAAAGGCCAGAGCUGCUGCUCCGCCGCGGCUGGAGCCGGACGGGAUGGGCCGGUAUGGCGGGCUGGAUGUCGGGCAGCUGAAUAUGGCCAGCAGUACGGUGGAGAGGGACAUGGAGGGGGAGUUGUGGCGGAAGGCGAGAGAGGAGCUUGGGAAUGUUGUGGGCGUCAGGGUCAAGCAGGAGGGGGAUGUCAUGGAGGAAUAA